ACGCGGUGGCGUGAGCCGCGGAAACGUCACAGUCCCCGCCUUCAAUUAUAAGAAUCAAUUGUUCCUUUGGUUUCUCGUUAAGUCGGAGCGGAUGCUUGGAGGCGGGAGCGGGCUCACGGCGCGCGCGCGGCUGCUGACUAAAUCCUAAAGUUCAGGAGAAGUGGAGCGGAGCAGCUGGAGCCCAGCAGAGACCCGCGGAGUCAACCCCGGAGCCGGAGCCGGAGCCAGAGCCAGGCUUUCCCUUUGGAGAGGAGGUCCGGAGGGGAGCGGGAUGCGUCGCGCCUCCGCCAAGAUCGGCUGGGCGCUGUGUCUGUGCGCAUCUUUGUCCGUGUGCUUGCAGGACGACCCCGAGGACGCAGAGAGGACCCCGGACCUGAUCCCAGAGGACGGGGGGGCCGGGCCCGCAGCAGAGUUCCUCAAAUGCAACAAGGCGGCAUGGCGCAUGCCCGGUCAGUACCUGGUCAUUCUGCAGCGGGACACGCACGAGUCACAGGUCCAGAGGAGCAUCCGGCGGCUGCGAGCGAGAGCCGCGCGGAGAGGACAGCCGGUGGAGCUGCUGCAGACGUUCUCCGGCGCUCUGCGGGGCUUCCUGGUCAAAAUGAGCCGCGAGGCUCUGCAGCUGGCAGUGAAGCUCCCUCAUGUCCACUACAUCGAGGAGGACUCGUCCAUCUUUGCUCAGAGCGCCCCCUGGAACCUGCAGAGGUUACUGCGGCCGUACGGUGGCAUCCCAGAGAACGGAACGUACAAGCCUCCAAAUGACGGAGGGAUGGCAGAGGUGUAUCUGAUGGACGGCAGCGUUCAGAGCACUCACAGAGAGGUGGAAGGACGAGUGCUGAUCACAGACUUCAACCAUGUCCCUGAAGAGGACGGCGUCAGAGUGCACAGACAGGUCAGCCAGUGCGACAGUCACGGCACACACCUGGCGGGCGUCGUGAGCGGAUCAGAUUCAGGCGUUGCUCGAGGCGCCGCAGUCAACCUGGUGCGGGUGCUCAACUGUCAGGGGAAGGGGACAGUGUCAGGAGCUCUGGCAGGGAUGGAGUAUAUCCGCGUGAGCCUGCAGGCUCGGCCAGCGGACGCGCUGGUGGUUCUGCUGCCUUUCAUUGGCGGCUUCAGCCGGUCUUUGAACACAGCGUGCAGAGACCUGGUGUCUCACGGGGCCGUGGUCAUCGCGGCGGCGGGGAACCACAGGGAUGACGCCUGCCUCUACUCGCCUGCUUCCGAGCCCGAGGUGAUCACUGUGGGGGCAGUGAACUCAGCAGACCAGCUCAUGUCUCAGGGUGCAGGCGGCAGCAACUUCGGCCGCUGUGUGGAUGUCUUUGCGCCUGGAGAUGACAUCGUGAGCGCCAGCAGUGACUGCAGCACCUGCUUCACCUCCCGCAGCGGCACGUCGCAGGCCGCUGCGCACGCCGCAGGGAUAGCAGCCGUGAUCCUGUCGUCCAAUCAGAAUGUGUCCCCGGUGCAGGUCCUGCAGAUGAUGCUGCAUCACUCCAUCAGGAACACCAUCAACCUCCUGCCUCUGCCGGAGACGCAGCGCCUCAACACUCCCAACCUGGUGUCCGUCAUGCCCUCCAUCGGUGACCUGGCGGCAGACCAGGAGCUCCUGUGUCGCUCCGUCUGGUCAGAGCGGUCCGGACGAGACCGUGGCGACAUGGCGGUGAGCCGCUGCCGUCAGGGGGAAGAAAUGAUGAGCUGCAGCAGCGUGGCUCCCGAUGGAGCCAGGGCGGGAGAAGCCAUCACCGUGAACGCCGAUUACAUGGAGUGUGUCGCCCACAACGGCCCAUCAGGUCAUGGCGUGUACGCUGUGGCCCGCUGCUGUGUGGCGGCGGGGCUGAGGUGUCAGCCCUACGCUGGUUCUGAACCCGGAUGGGUGGCGCAGUGUGUGGACUCUCAGCAGCACCUCAGUGUUCAUUCUUUUCCAGGUUGCACAUCUCACUCCACAGCUGAGCUCCUGUCAGACUCACGGUCGCAUCCUGGACACAGGAGGCACUGCCUGGCCAGGGAGAUCGUCACAUCACAGGCGGUGUGCUGCCACGCCUCGUCUCUGGAGUGCCACCUGGUGGAGAAUGUUGCUUCAGACACAGACCAGGUGGAGCUGUCCUGUCUCCCUGGUUGGACUUUGACAGACUGCAAGGCCGUCUCUGAAGGGUCCAUCGUUGUGGAGCCGGUUGCUAAGGACAACAGCUGCCUGGUCCGUGGAGCAGCAGGAGAGAACAGGACUGCAGGCGUAGCCGUCUGCUGCAGAGUCACCCCGCAGAGAGAUCCUGAAACUAAAGCCAACUGAUCCCACCUCCAUCUUCAACACUCCUAACACAGCUGAGCUUCUGUCAUCCGGACAGGUUUACCUGCUGUCUCUCUCUGCUGGACUCCAAAUAUCUUACAUUUAAAUGCAGCAGGAGACGCGUGCUGCCUAAAAGUCUUUAGAGGUUUUGCUUUUUACUAAAAUCCUAUUUACCACAGAGUCAGAGAUACUCUGAACGUGUAAAUACUUGUGCAUUGUUUUAAUGUCGUGGUGCUGAGUGCCGGCAGCAGCAGGUUGAUGACGGCUCUGCCGGCUGCUGGUUGUGGGUAAUCAGCUUGAUUAGCUAGCCUGUUCCCGCCUCAUGGUAGGUUCUGUCUGGAGUGAAGCGUUAGCGGAGAACAGAGGAGGAGGGGUUUCUGCUCUCAGCCAUCGUCUGUACUGAAGUGUGUAAAGGUAGCUGAAAUAAAACCUCAAUGCAGUCAA